AGGUAGGUCAGCUGGCCGGCGCCGCGUGCAUCGGGCACCGCCGCUGUCCACGCCGCCCCGGCAGCCAACGGCACCUGCCAAGAGAGUCGAAGUCACUAGCGUACCGAAGCUGAGGUGUUCAUACAUAUCCCGUACAUGAUACCUCACACACCUACCUCUCUUUGUUAUACAUCUUCUCAUCUUCUCAUCUCUCCGGCUCACCGAGUCCAGCAUCCUGUCAUCCAUCUAAUCGUACAAAGCGCUUCUAUAUACCACCCCGAUACUUUCCCGUGUUUGUACUGCAAGCACGUAGCUGUCACCGUCGUCCAGUUUCACAAAGAGGAAACGACAGCAUAAUACUAUUCCCAUAGUUUCAUCCCAACUCUAGAAUACCCAACUCGAGCUUCACCCGUUACUUCACAUCUCAAGAUGACUACACGAUACCGUGUUGAAUAUGCCCUCAAGACCCACAGGCGGGAUCAAUUUAUAGAAUGGACCAAGGCGCUUCUAGCCGUACCAUUCGUCCUCUACUCCCAGCCUCAUGGCGUACUCGAAGAUCCGGAUCGUAGCGCCGAUACGCUUUCUCAGACGAGAGAGGAAGCUCACAGACGAUACAGUGAGAUCUUUCGGGAUAUCGAAGCCAUGAUCGAUGACCACAUUGCCCACCAAAACGACGCCGAGAACCCUUUCCCAUCCAAGCUCAAGCUCUUGGUCCCCAGUAUCGGACCCUUCUUCACGCGGUUACCGCUCGAAGCGGCCUUCAAGUUCCAGGACAACAAGCGAUACAUCUCAUCACGCCGCUUUGUGUCGCCGUCCUUUAACGAUAUCCGCUUGAUCCUCAACUCAGCGCAGAUAAUGGCUGUAACGACCUACGGAACUCUCCAGCUUGCUACCUUUGAUGGUGACGUGACGCUCUACGACGAUGGCCAGAGUCUGGAACCUACCAGUCCUGUGAUUCCCCGACUACUAGACCUCCUCCGCAAAAACGUCAAAAUCGGCAUCGUCACCGCAGCAGGCUACACCACCGCCGACCGCUACUACGCCCGCCUGCACGGUCUCCUAGACGCCAUGGCCAACAGCGCCGACCUGACCCCUUCGCAAAAGCAGUCUCUAGUCGUCAUGGGCGGUGAAGCCAACUACCUCUUCGAGUUCGACUCGUCCUCGCCGCACCUUCUCGCCCCGGUGCCACGACAGCACUGGCUCACGCCCGAGAUGGCCGCCUGGAGCGAGCAGGACAUCACCCAACUACUCGACGUAGCCGAAGCCGCGCUGCGCGACUGCAUCAAGACGCUCAACCUGCCCGCGACGCUGAUGCGCAAAGACCGCGCCGUGGGCAUCAUCCCCGUUUCGCCCGAGAUCCGCAUCCCGCGCGAGAGCCUGGAGGAGACGGUUUUGCUGGUGCAGAAGAUCCUCGAGCUCAGCACGGUGGGCCGGAGCAGGCGCGUGCCGUUUUGCGCCUUCAACGGUGGAAGGGAUGUGUUUGUUGAUAUUGGCGAUAAGAGCUGGGGUGUUACUGUUUGUCAAAGGUGGUUCUCACAGAAGGAGGCAGGUCCUCAUGGGAUCAUCAAGGGGGAGAACACCCUGCACGUGGGCGAUCAGUUCUUGAGUGCCGGGGCGAACGAUUUCAGGGCCAGGAGCGUGGGGACGACGGCUUGGAUUGCGAGUCCCGCGGAGACGGUGGAGUUGUUGGAUGAGUUGGCCGAGUUGAUGGGGAAGAAGAUGUCUUGAUUGAGGUUAUCAGUAUCAUGGUUGCGGCGGCGGCGGCGGCGGGCGGGCGGUGAUUGAUGAUGAUGGUGAUGGUGGUGAUAUAAUGAUAAUGGGAGCAACAACGACAUCCUUGUGGCGACUUGGGAACAGCGAUCGAUGGAGUAAAGCUCCAGGGGGAGGUUUCAAACAUUAGCGACGACGACAUGAUUCUUCAGCGAUAAUGGAUGUAUGGGUAUUCCCGGUUUCGGAGAAACGCGUCUAGCAGAAGGUGAUACCACCGAGAAACGAAUAAUACGAUCGGUAUAGCUACUUGCGAUUGUUAUUUGAGAAACAC